AUGCUUCCUCGUCUCGCCCCCCUCCGCGUCGCAAUCCGCAUCCCGCGCACCAUCGUCGCAUCGUCGAGGUCGGCGGCGGCGGCCUUCUACUCGACGUCGACGGCGUCGGACUCCAACCAGCCGCUGAUAACCGUUACCCAGCUGCCCGCGCCCGGGUCUGGCCACAUUCGUAUCCUCGAGCUCAACCGUCCAAAGGCCCGCAAUGCCCUCUCCAAAGCCCUGCUCUCGCAGCUGCGCGCCGAGGUCGACGCCAUCCACGCCCAGUACGACCCGGAGACCGGCGCCGAGGUGCCCCAGAAACAAAUCUUUGGCGGUGCCGCCGGCAAGGACGUCAAGGGCCCGACCCGCGCCUUGAUCCUUGCAAGCGCUGUCGAGACGAGCUUUUGCGCCGGCGCCGACUUGAAGGAGAGGCGAGGCUUCACGCAGGAGGAGACCGACGAGUUCCUCCACAACCUGCGUUCCACCUUCACCUCCCUCCAGAACCUCCCCAUCCCGACAAUCUCCGCCAUCUCCUCCAUUGCUCUCGGCGGCGGCCUUGAGCUCGCCCUCUCCACACACUUCCGCGUGCUCUCCUCCAAUGCCCAGAUCGGUCUCCCCGAGACGCGCCUUGGCAUCAUCCCCGGCGCCGGUGGCACCCACCGUCUGCCCGCCCUCAUUGGCCUUUCCCGCGCCCGCGACCUGAUCCUCACUGGCCGUCGCGUCUCGGCUCCGGAAGCCUACUUCCUCGGCAUCGCAGACCGCCUGGUCGACAUCACACACGAGGAGGCCGAGAAGGCCGGCGAGGGCGACAAGGACAAGGGCGUGCUGCUCGCGGCGCGCAAGGCGGCGCUGAGCGAGAGUGUGCGCCUCGCGGGCGAGAUCUGCGAGGGCGGCCCGAUUGCCAUCCGCGCCGCGCUGCAGGCUGUCGCGUGGGCGAGGGAGGAGGUCGAGAACAAGAUGUACGAGCGGGUCGUUGCGACCGAGGACCGCAACGAGGCGCUCAAGGCGUUCCAGGAGAAGAGGAAGCCUGUCUUCAAGGGUCAGUAA